UUCACUCAUUUAACUGUCUUUUCUCUCUUCUCCAUUCAAAGCUCUCUCUAAGCAUCGAAAGGGCUCUAAUUGCUUUUUUCAUAAAGAAUUUCAUUAUUCUUUUCUCUUCUCUUCUCUUCUCUAUUCUUUUUUUUUUUUCUUCUUCUUUUUCCUCUUAAUUAAUUCACAGCUCAAGUACUGCCGCGCACCCUUUAUCUCAGAAGUUUUCACUGAUAAGUCUCUUUUCUUCAUCCUCAUCUAUGGUGCUUUCUGGUUGCUGUUGUUAUUAUAUAUAAGUGCAUUCAAAUAUUAUUUCUUUCGUCUUUUUUUUUUUUUUUUUUGUUCCUUUGAAAGAUCUGGUUCCAGUUACAAACUUGUAAACCUGACAGCAAUUAUAAGCUUUAAUACUCUUUUUUUUUUUUUUUUUGGUCUUGAGUUUGUUGGGGGGUUUUGAAAACAUAAGGAAGUAGUUGCUCAAUUACAUAGCCUUUGUCCGCUGAAUUUGAGUGAGAAUAAAUAAAGUAACCGCAGUUUCGGGUUGAUGUAGGAUUAAUUAGUAACUGAUCUCCUUCCUAGUUCUUGGAUCCUCUUUCUUUCUGUUAUUUUGUUAUUUGCUUCUAGAAGAUUUAAACGGUUUCCUUGGAUUCUCGAGGGAUCUUGGAAUAGAAAUCUUGAAAAAUUUGUUGGUGAUAGAGCGUAGAAUUAAAGAUCGGAAGAGAAAGCUGGCAAAUAACAAGUGGUGGGAGAGAGUAGAUGCUGGGAUGGCGGGGUAUAAUAAUGAGCAAUCAGCAACAGGAACAGGUUCUCGCUAUGUUCAUCAACUCCUAAGACCAGAACUUCAUCUCCAAAGACCAUCAUUUCCUUCUCAACCAUCCUCCGAUUCUAAAGACAACAACAUCUCACCUCAAUCCAAAGACCAUAAUAAGUUCUCUGACUCCGAAGCAGCCGCCGCCACCAGUUCUGGCUCCAAUCGCCGCCCUAGAGGCCGUCCUGCUGGCUCCAAGAAUAAACCUAAGCCCCCUAUUAUUGUAACACGUGACAGCCCCAAUGCCCUCCGAUCUCACGUGCUUGAGGUUUCUACUGGCAGCGACAUCAUGGAAAGUGUAUCUAUUUAUGCUCGGAAGAGAGGUAGAGGAGUUUGUGUGCUCAGCGGAAACGGGACAGUUGCUAAUGUUACACUGAGACAGCCAGCGUCUCCUGCGGGGAGUGUGGUGACUUUGCACGGUAGGUUUGAGAUUCUUUCGCUCUCUGGAACGGUGCUUCCGCCACCAGCGCCGCCUGGGGCGGGAGGAUUGUCCAUAUUUUUGUCUGGUGGACAGGGACAGGUUGUUGGAGGAAGUGUGGUAGGUCCCUUGAUGGCUUCUGGGCCUGUGGUUUUGAUGGCUGCAUCUUUUGCUAAUGCUGUUUUUGAACGUUUGCCUUUGGAUGAGGAGGAUGGUACUGUGCCGGUUCAAUCCACUGCUUCGCAGUCUUCAGGUGUCACCGGAGGAGGGGGUGGUGCUGGGCAGCUUGGGGAUGGUGGAGGCGGUGGCGGUGGCGGUGCUGGUCUUUUUAAUAUGGGAGGUAAUGUGGCAAAUUACCCAUUCUCAGGUGAUUUGUUCGGAUGGGGUGGAAAUGCUGCACGGCCUCCAUUUUAGGAGCCUCGUUUUGCAGUGAGCAAUAUCAAGAAACAUUAUGAUGAAAUCUUGUAUGAUAAAAGAAAAAGAUUGUGAUAUGGUGGAAGAUGGAAAUGUGAUCUCAUUAAUUCAUUGACAAGUGGAAAAAGAAGGGGUUCAUGGAUGCUAUGGCUGCUGCUUGUAGGUUGUUUGGUUUUGCAGCAAAAUGGAUUUGCAGACUUGUCAAGGUCAGUCAAGUUCAAUUUCAUGUAUAAAACAAUUCAGUUCCCUU